AUAUAUACCGCGAGAGCCGGCAGCCAUUGCAUUUCAGAUCGACGCAUCGACAGAAUCGUUAGUGUUUUCUAGUUAUAGUUAUUUAAUACAUUUUCAAACUAUCAAAAUGAGGGAAAUCGUUCACAUCCAAGCCGGUCAAUGCGGAAACCAGAUUGGAGCCAAAUUCUGGGAAAUCAUCUCUGACGAACACGGUAUUGACCCCACCGGAGCAUACCACGGAGAUUCUGACCUCCAGCUUGAAAGAAUAAACGUAUACUACAAUGAAGCAUCUGGAGGCAAAUACGUGCCCAGAGCCAUUCUGGUCGACUUGGAACCUGGUACCAUGGACUCUGUCAGGUCAGGACCUUUCGGACAAAUCUUCAGACCAGACAACUUUGUGUUCGGCCAGUCCGGUGCUGGAAACAACUGGGCAAAAGGUCACUACACCGAGGGAGCUGAAUUAGUAGACUCAGUUCUGGAUGUUGUGAGGAAAGAAGCAGAGUCUUGCGACUGUCUACAAGGAUUCCAGCUCACACACUCCCUUGGAGGUGGUACCGGAUCCGGAAUGGGUACCCUCCUGAUCUCAAAGAUCCGUGAGGAAUACCCCGAUAGGAUAAUGAACACCUACUCCGUCGUACCCUCGCCAAAAGUAUCAGACACUGUUGUAGAACCGUACAACGCUACCUUAUCCGUACAUCAACUUGUAGAAAACACAGACGAAACUUACUGUAUUGAUAACGAGGCUCUCUAUGACAUCUGCUUCAGGACUCUGAAAUUGACCACCCCUACCUACGGAGAUUUGAACCACUUGGUAUCCCUUACCAUGUCCGGAGUCACCACCUGCCUUAGGUUCCCUGGUCAGCUGAAUGCUGAUCUCCGUAAACUGGCUGUUAACAUGGUUCCCUUCCCUCGUCUUCACUUCUUUAUGCCUGGAUUUGCCCCACUAACAUCCCGUGGUAGCCAACAAUACAGAGCUCUCACUGUUCCUGAACUGACCCAGCAAAUGUUCGACGCCAAGAACAUGAUGGCUGCCUGCGAUCCAAGGCACGGAAGGUACCUUACAGUUGCCGCAGUGUUCAGAGGAAGGAUGUCCAUGAAAGAAGUAGACGAACAAAUGCUAAACAUCCAGAACAAGAACAGCAGCUACUUCGUCGAAUGGAUCCCCAACAACGUGAAGACUGCCGUUUGUGACAUUCCUCCCAGAGGUCUGAAAAUGUCCGCCACCUUCAUUGGCAACUCAACUGCCAUCCAAGAGUUGUUCAAACGUAUCUCCGAACAGUUCACAGCUAUGUUCAGGCGUAAGGCUUUCUUGCAUUGGUACACUGGGGAAGGUAUGGACGAGAUGGAAUUCACUGAAGCAGAAUCCAACAUGAACGACUUGGUGUCUGAAUACCAACAGUACCAAGAAGCGACUGCCGAUGAAGAUGCAGAGUUCGAUGAAGACCAGGAAGCCGAAGUCGAUGAAAACUAAACAUUUUUUACAUCUGAUCUGAAAUCGCUUUAGAAAUUUUUUGUACUUUGAGCAUGUUUUUUGUACAGUCCACAUUCCCUUUUGUAAAUUCGAAUACAACUUAACUUAUUCAAGACUGACUUUUUGUUGCUAUUAUUUCCAGUGAUUAUCUAAAUUAGUUAACUUGUUUUUGCAUAUUUUGUUCGAGAAAUAGGCAUUAAAUCUGCUGCCAUCACUUACAUUA